AUGAAUACCUUAGAACAAAUUGAUAAUAAGCCUAUUGAAAAUCUUGGAGAUCCAACCAAUGACUAUGUAACAGCAUAUAGUGAAGUUCAGGAUGAACUUAAAAGUAUGAUAUUUACACUUCUUCCAUUAGAUCGCAUUCCGUAUUUUAGGAAUAAACGUAUUAGUAAGGUUGAGAGAUUGGAAAAAUUGUUUGAUGAAAUGAUUGAAAAGAAACAUAAAUCUAUAGCCGCUGGAAGAUCUAAUGGUGACCUUUUAGAACUUAUGAUAAAGGCUUGCAAUGAUCAAGAUAAUCCAAGAUUAACUGAUAUUGAAUUAAGAAAUGUUCAACAAAAAGCUCGGGAGGAAGUUUUGAGAAUACUUGGCGAUAAUUUAAUUCCCUCAGCAGAACAACAUAAAUCGUUGAAGUACUUGAACAUGAUCAUUCAUGAAAAUCUUAGAUUAUAUCCUCCAGCACCAAUGUUACCAUUUCGCAAAGUUACAGAAGAUUUAAAAUAUAAAAAUUAUGUAAUUCCGGCAGACACAGGUCUUGCACUCUUUGUAUAUGGAAUGCAACAUUCACCAAAGUUGUGGGAAAAUCCUGAAGAAUUUAUACCCGAGAGAUUUGAAAAUGAACAUCUUGCAAGUGGAAAUUAUUCUUGGGCAGCCUUUGGUGGUGGAUCCAGAAUGUUUGUUAUUUUUUUAUUGUGA